CUCCGCUUCUUUCCCCACUCCUCUCCUUCUACCGCUCCAGCACAGUGCCAACUUUCAAUAUCAGAAAUAUUCAAGCUUGGUAUCCUGUUUGUUACUGUAUCUCUUGCUCUUCCAUUCUCUUACACAGUAUCACACUCGCGGGCUCACACGCCUGCAUACACCCAACUGCGUAUCAGACCUACAUACGCCUACCGGUGCCGGCUGCGGGCCCAGUGUCUUUGUCCCACCAAGAAAAAAAAAAAAGAGAAGACGAGCAGACAGGCGGGCGACAGUUGGAGGAGGUGAAAAAAAAAAAAAAGAACCGGGGACGGUGAAAAAAAAAAAUUGGCCACAGGAACAGACUGGGUAAGGUUGCAUUUUUACCCCCGGGUCUCACUGCUCGACCAACAGCGUCAAAACCCUCGUCCGUCGCUGUCAUCUUCUGCAAUUGGAUUUGCUUCGCUUUUUCUUCGCCCCGCGUCGUUGAAUUACAGGAGACACGAUACUCCACAGUCCCGUGUCGUUGUCUCCACGAUCGAUCUGCUUUUAUCCUAGAGUGUAUUCUUUUGUUCACCUCCUUUCCAAGCCUCGGAAAAAGGGUAGUCAAUCACGACGCCGGUCAUCCACAUCCAUCCGUUCAUCCAUCCAACUCAUCCACCCAUACCAACAUUUUGUCCAUACCUCCCUCUACCCUUACACCCAUCCUCGCCGCACCCUUUAUGCCCCACCGGCCAUUCUCGGCACACAACCACCGAUCAAAUAUUGUCCGAUCCUCGCUUCCAACAUCAUAUUUUGGAUUAUUAGUGCCUUGCUUAGUCGUCAAACCCUCCUUGUUGAAAGCUGUUACUUCCGUGCAUUGCGAAUCCUCCGAGUUUUUUCGUUUGAACAUCCCAUCUCGCUGGUCCACUCUUCCCUCCGUUCACCGGUAGUCACUCCCCUAGGCUCGCGGGUUUUAACAGUCCAACAGGAUUUCGACCCUUACCUCCACUCCGCCCCCCCCCCUUGUUCAAUUGCAAUUGGGAAUCGUCUGUCGGUAAAAAUAUCUAGGGCAAAACUGGUUCUGAAAGCGAAAAUAAGAAAUAUAUUUACAUCGAGGUUUCUAAUUUUUCGUGAGUACUGGAGCUCAUGUUGAUUCGCAUCGGCCGCAUCAUGGUUCGCAUUUAGCAGCCUCUACCCACCAGAUCAACAACACAUUUUGAACGUACCCAGAAACAAAUUGCAAACUAUCAUCGAUUAUCCAGCGAUUCAAGUAAUUUUCGAUCAGACCAACACAAAGAAGUAUUCUUCGCAAGUUGUAUGUCUACCGCCGGACACCAUCAAGCGGCAGGAUCUUACCAGCAACCCCGAGAGAUGGAGGAGAAGGCCCGAGGCAGAGAAAGAAAUAGAGACGGAAUGAUGGAUGGGAGUGGGGGUCAAGUUAUCGGUGGUCCGUUGAGCAGCAGUUCAGACCCCCCUUCGAGGAAAAGGAGGAGGAGUAGGAAAGGGCUAGACAAGAAGUUUGAGUGCCCGGCGGAAGGAUGCGGUAGAAGCUAUUCUAGGGCAGAGCACUUAUACAGGCACCAGCUGAAUCAUCAACCAAAGCAGAUAUAUUUUUGCGAUUUUCCCGACUGCAAGCGAUCGUUCGUCCGUCAAGACCUGUGCAUGCGACACCGGGAUCGCCAUACAAAUCGGCCGGGCUCUCAGCUCCAGAGAAAGGACAGCCUUCUAAAUAAUCCUGCAGGGGCAGCCGCUAGGAACAUUCUUUCCGAGAGAGGGGGUUCCAUGAGUAAGGGCUCUUCUUCCCCGGAAUCGCCAAAUGGCCCGGGUCUCAUGAUGAAGAGUGGAGAGGACGAAUCCCCUAUCAUGACACCUAAUGGGGUUUCUAUGAAUAUGACUGCGUCCCCUGAUACCAGUUUGUCAUCCGCUACUUUACCUAAUUCCUCCAAGGCAUCUCCGGUCGAUGUCAAUACGUUAUAUGGUGGAGGUCAACAACGUCCAGGAUUGUCUAGUAGUAGCAAAUCCGAUUUCGCUCGUCCUCCACUCCAAACUUCUGUGGGGCCUAACCAAACUAUCGGUGGAAUGAAUAUGCAACCAUUAUCGGCAUCCAGUGUAUCCUCUGGGGGCCAUUUCUCUGCGCCCCUCACUAGCGCAACAAGUGCUGGAUCUUUGGCGGCAACUACUGGUACAAGCGUGGGCCCUGCAUACAAUCCUCAAACCUCUUUCACUCCCUUUUCCUUACCACAACCGGCCUAUCCAAAUCUUAGCCAGAGCAACGCUUCCAACCAAGGGCAAAACCAGUACAUCACGUCGCCCCCCACGAGCUCAUCUUCAGUGGGCGCAUCGAAUUCUAUUGGCGGCGUUACCACAACGGAUGUGGAUUUUGAGUCUAUGAACGUUCCGUUCACACUGCCUGUUUUCGGUAAUGACGGCUAUACUCGUUCUCCAAAUUGGAUGGCGGAUGACUUUGCCACUUGGUUUUUUGAGGGCACGCAACUACCUGGUGGGAGUAGGACAUCCUCUAUUGGCGGUAACUAUGUUGACAGUCUCACGAUGGGGCCACAGAACCUCUAUCUGGGCGGUCCAGAGUUCCAGACCCACAACUAUUACCCUCACCCACUACAACCGCAGCAUCCCAUGGCGGUUACGAGUCUGAUAGCCCCCCCAAGCCCUCCUCAAGAGUCUCUUUUGUCCGAGCAUAAACGGCAGGACUUGAUGGAUCAUAUUGAAAACUAUCCCGAGAUGUCUGAUCUUUCGCAGCGCACAGGCUCUUUAGUGCUCGGUUCCGCCGAAGAUGACUCACACGCUUUGAGUUUACAUAUGAUGCAGUCUUAUAUUUCUAGCUAUUGGCUUCACUUUCAUCCACAGCUUCCCAUUCUUCACAGGCCAACGUUCUCGGCCGACAAAACCCCUAGCCUCCUCCUCCUCACAAUGAUGGCCAUCGGUGCAUCCCUGAUCGGCACCAAGGUGGACCCGACUGUCGCCCAAGCAGCAACAGACCUGUCUGUUAUUCUGGCCUGGAAUCUUCGAUGGCAGAUAUUUUCGGAUAUGGCUUUCCGGCCUCCAGCGAAAUUAUGGGUCUUUCAGGCGUUGCUUUUGUUGGAAACUUUCGAGAAGAUGUUCGCAUCCAGGGCGCUUCAUGAGCGGGCUCAUAUACACCAUGCUACCACUCUUACACUGAUGAGAAGAGGUUCAUCACUGACUGGAAGGUGUGCCUACGAUUCCCCACAAAGCGGACGUGAUGUCAAGUCCAACAGUGACAACGGCAGUGCAGCGUUUUCUGGCCAAUCAUCGGGCUCCGCACCAGUGGAAGAUGCAUGGAAUCGAUGGAUCGUUAGCGAGGCGACAAAAAGAGCGGCUUUUGCGGCUUUUGUGCUUGAUUCAACACACGCCACAAUGUUUGGUCAUUCAGCUGUGUUGGUAGCACACGAGAUGCGGCUUCAGCUUCCCUGCGACGAGACGCUUUGGGCAGCAACCAACGGAGCCGAGGUUUUCAGGAUUGAGCAUUCACUGCUGCAAGCCGGAGUUAAGCCCACGACCUUCCUCGACGGCCUGAAGAAGACAUUGAACGGGCAGAACGUGCGGACCAAUUCUUUUGGGCGGACUAUACUUAUGGCUGGUUUGUUAAGCGUGAGUUGGCACAUGGCCCAGAGGGAUCUCCAGGUUACAUCUCUUGGUGCGGUUGCCCAGCUUGGAGGGAAGGACAAAUGGCGGCAGUCCUUAACUCGAUCAUUUGACUACUGGAAGAAAGAUUUCGAUAGCGCAUUAGAAGGGAUCAGGGCAGGGUCGGGUACGUACGAGGGUUCUAACUACUGCUUGCCCUCCACUGAGGAUGUUGAACACGAAACCACCUUCGAGAGCCGGAAUGUAAUGCACCACCUGGCUCACAUGUCAAUGCACGUUGAUAUUGUGGACCUCCAGAUAUUUGCCGGGGCAAAGCGGUUAUUAGGGCGCACUGUUAUCCCGAGUGAUGCGGCGCAGGUUCGUAAACGGGUAAAGGAUUGGGCACCAAGUGCUCGAGCUAGGGAUGCUACAUUCUAUGCAUUGCAGUUCCUUUGCCAGGUGUUGUUGCCCGAGGAGCGAGUAGAUAUGCCUUAUACAGCGGACGAUGAUGACCUUGGUGCACCUCGGAAGCUCAGCUCGGCGACCACUGGCAUUCCGAUCUACUCCGCACGAGAUGACCACCUCUUGAACCGGCCAUGGGUGCUCUAUUACGCUUCGCUUGUUGUUUGGUCAUAUGGGUUCGCACUGGAGGGCCAGGUCCAAGUCCCCCGGUCAUACUUCAGCACUCCCGCGGCUCGACAUCAGGACAUGAGGACCUUUUUGCGACGAGUAGGGGGAGUUAGGUCACCAGAAGAACUAGCAAAUGUUCGGGAUAAGAACGCUUGUUUGGGUCUUCUGCUGACGUUACACGGUAUGUUUGCGAAAGCCCGGUGGGAACUUUUGGUUGAAGCCUCGAGAUUGUUGGACCAAUGCGUUUCUAUUUCCACCGGCGAAAUUCAGACAUAAUGGGGGCAUUGAUUUUCUUUAUAUACCAUUUUCUUCCGGGUUUCUCAAGGUUUCAUCUUACUGGGCGGCAUAUUCUGAUCUUUAUCUUUAGCCUCUUGCGGGCAGGCGCAAAUCGUUUUUGUUCUCUUUUUCAUAUUUCUGUUUAUCUUAUGGGUCCGGGAGGAAUAGCUCUGGUUUGCUUUCAUAUCUUGUUCGGCAUCGCAUUUCUUUUUCUCCCUUAUAUUAUUAUUAUUAUUAUUCGUACCUGUUUGAUGAGUUUGAGUUGAGGGGAGAAGAAAACCCUUACAUAUACCCCCGCCUGGUCAUACAUGUUUCAGUAUAUAUAUAACAUAAAUCCAUUCCUGUCCUGCUAUGUAACCCCUCAGA